CGAGGUGCACUGACCAUGAGCCUCAACUCGUCCCUCGGCUGCAGGAAGGAGCUGAGUAACCUCACUGAGGAGGAGGGCGGCGCGGGCGUCAUCCUCACCCAGUUCAUCGCCAUCAUUGUCAUCACCAUUUUUGUCUGCCUGGGCAACCUGGUCAUCGUGGUCACCUUGUACAAGAAGUCCUACCUCCUCACUCUCAGCAACAAGUUCGUCUUCAGCCUGACCCUGUCCAACUUCCUGCUGUCCCUGUUGGUGCUGCCUUUCGUGGUGACAAGCUGUAUCCGCAGGGAAUGGAUCUUUGGUGUCGUCUGGUGCAAAUUCUCCGCCCUCCUCUACCUGCUGAUCAGCUCGGCCAGCAUGCUCACCCUUGGAGUCAUUCCCAUUGACCGCUACCAUGCUGUCCUGUACCCCAUGGUGUACCCCAUGAAGAUCACAGGGAACCGAGCCAUGCUGGCACUCGCGUACAUCUGGCUUCACUCCCUCAUCGGCUGCCUGCCACCCCUGUUUGGUUGGUCGUCGGUGGGGUUUGACGAGUUCAAGUGGAUGUGUGUGGCUGCCUGGCACCAGGAGCCUGGCUACACAGCCUUCUGGCAGAUCUGGUGUGCCCUCUUCCCCUUUCUGGUCAUGGUGGUGUGCUAUGGCUUCAUCUUCCGCGUGGCCAGGGUCAAGGCACGCAAGGUGCACUGCGGCACAGUCAUCGUGGAGGAGGAUGCCCAGAGGACCGGGAGGAAGAACUCCAGCACCUCCACCUCCUCUUCAGGCAGUAGGAGGAACGCCUUUCAGGGUGUGGUCUACUCAGCCAACCAGUGCAAAGCCCUCAUCACCAUCCUGGUGGUCCUCGGUGCCUUCAUGGUCACCUGGGGCCCCUACAUGGUUGUCAUUGCCUCUGAGGCACUCUGGGGGAAGAGCUCCGUCUCUCUGAGCCUGGAGACUUGGGCCACAUGGCUGUCCUUUGCCAGCGCUGUCUGCCACCCUCUGAUCUAUGGACUCUGGAACAAGAUGGUUCGCAAAGAACUACUGGGCAUGUGCUUUGGGGGCCGGUAUUAUCGGGAGCCGUUUGUGCAGCGACAGAGGAUUUCCAGGCUCUUCAGCAUUUCCAACAGGGUCACAGACCUGGGCCUGUCCCCGCACCUCACGGCGCUCAUGGCGGGUGGUCAGCCCUUGGGGCACAGCAGCAGCACGGGGGACACUGGCUUCAGCUGCUCCCAGGACUCAGGGACUGUUUCUCCUGUGUGUCGGGUAAUCAUAUCUCUGCAAGGUGCUCUGAAACAGCAUCUGAAGAGUUCCAGGCUUCCCUUUCUUCCUCAUUUUCUGAGCUUCAAGGCCUUGAUGGAUUGA